AUGCAGCCAGCAGACGUUGCGCGCUCCUUGGGCGCACAAUGGCCAUGCCGGGAGGUUCAGGCGCGGCAACUCGCCAGUCUCCUCCAUCCUGAUAUCCCUAGUCCACCAACGCUAGUCGUCCACGGAAUCUCCGCGACCUGCAAAUCGACCAUCAUUCGCGGUGUCCUGUCGACCCUCGAAGUACCACACGCAGUUGUUCGCAGCACAGAGUGCAUUACUGGCCGCCAUCUCCUGACGAAGAUUCUCUGGAAUACCCUCGAAGCAGUCGGUCAGAAGGACGAGUGGGAGAAGUUUGGCAAGGGACGGUGCGAACACGUCAGCUCACUUACUGUCCUCUUGGAAGAGUGUCUCGCCUCCAGGGCGGAAAAGAAACAAGGGAAAUUUGUGUUGGUGCUGGAUGAGAUUGACCGACAAAGGGAGGCGCCGCAUACGCUGUUGUCGGCACUGGCCCGACUAGGAGAAAUCAUCCCAUCACUUUGCGUUGUUCUUGUCCUCGGCUCAACUCCUCGUCCUCUAUUCCUCCAAAAUGCGGCAGUUCCUCACAUCAGCUUCCCCCCAUACACGCGCAAAGAGUCCAUUGAUAUUCUGUUGGCUUCUCCUGUGCCGGUGGUAGAGGGUUUGCCGGAGGAAAUCAUCUCACGGAUAUACCCGCACUUCGUUGCGACUAUUUACGAUACUCUGGUUGGACCGACAGCGGGCUCCAUUCCCAACUUUCUAUCCAUUUGCGAGAGGUUAUGGCCUUUGUUUGUUGAUCCAGUGGUGCAAGGUGAAUCCCCGCCAGGUGGGAACACUGAAUGGGACUUUUCGCAUCUCUUGUUGAAAAACAGAGCUCUAUUCCGCCACCAGGGAGAAUCAGCACUGGUGCACCGAAUUGUGCCCGAGGAAUCAUCUGCUCCGAGCAAGACAUUCCGGGCUCCUUUGGCACCAAAGCCAGCACCUUCCGCUCUUCCAUCUCUGCCAUACUUCUCUACAUUGAUCUUGACAUCAGCGUACCUGGCAUCCCACACUCCACAGCGACUGGACACAAUCUUCUUCUCCAAAUUCUCCUCAUCUUCGCUCUCGGCACGCAACAAGCGUGCCCACCACCGUCGUCGCCUGAAGGUCCUGUCUCAAGCCCAAGCCGAAGACAGAGCCAACGAUGACCCCUCAACGCCCAACAAGAAGGGCAAACGAACCAAGACCCGGAUCAACAAAUCGACCCUUUCCGCCGCUUUCGCUACGUCCUCAGCCACCACCUCAGCAACCGGAGCCGGCGGCAUCACCGGUCCCUCCACCAUCCUCACAGCACGUCCAUUCCCACUGGAACGUCUUCUAGCCAUCUACCACGCCGUCGACCCUAACCCACCCGCCAACCCCAUCCGCACCGGCGCCGUAGCAGACCAGAUCUACACCGAGCUGGCUACACUGCGCCGCCUACGUCUCGUCGUCCCAGCCUCGGGCCACGUCGGUGCCACAAGCAUGGGCAGCGGAAACACCAGCGCUGAUGCAGGCGAGAAGUGGUGUGUCAAUGUCUCUGGAGAUUGGAUCGGCGAGCUGGCGAAGGGAAUCGGUGUGGAAGUUGGGGAGUGGCUCGCUGGUGGCUUGGACUGA